AUGAGUUCUGGGAAGAGGAGAGAAGCUCACGGACAAUCCACCGUCCAAAAGUUGGACCGACGUUACCAUGCCAUUCCCACCUUUGGGCGCUCCACAAUCUGUAGGUUUUCUGACAAUGCCUCUGCUAUGAAGAAGCUGGCUGCCCGAAAUUAUGAGGAUCUUCUCCAGUGUGCUAUCCCUGUUUUCGAAGGGCUACUUCCUGAACCGUAUAAUACAGCAAUUCUUGACCUUCUCUUUACAUGUGCUGAGUGGCACGCUUUAGCCAAACUCCGCCUUCACACAGAGACGACAUUGGGAUGGCUUGAGCAGUCUACCACUGACCCCAGACAACAACUACGACGAUUUGUGACACACACCUGCCCUGCAUUCGCCACCAAGGAACUCCCUAAGGAACAGGCUGCUCGAGGAUGGCGGAAAGCCAAGAAGGCUGCUGAAGCAGCUAAGACAACCGUUGUCGAGGUGGAGGGUACAUCGUGUUCAUGGUCGAGGCCAUGGAAGAGGUGUGGCUGUGGCCGGUCAUGGGCGAGGUGGUCGCACUCGAGCUGGUUGUGGAACUGGUGCUGCUGGUUGGGGAACAGGUGCCACUGGUUGGGGAAUGGGUGCCGCUGGUUGGGGAAUGGGUGUCGCUGGUUGGGGAACAGGUGUCACUGGUCAGGGAACAGGUGCUGCUGGUCGGGGCAGGGGUAG